CAAGGUUGUUCUAUCGCCUCGCUCUUUCUCUCUGACUCCGUCGUCUCUCCUUUCUUCGCCUCUCCCCGUUUUCCCGUUCGCUACUAAAAUGCUAGCAAAUCCUACAAUCCGCCAUGGGAGCUCUCAUCCUUCUCUUCCUUCUCCAUUUCCUCCUCCGGCGUUGCCCCUUUUCCAUUCGCUCGGAAUCAGCAGUCGCCCUCUCGCCUUGCCUCGCUGCGUAUCGGUUCCUCCAUUUCGACCGGAACAUUUUUCUCUAUCUUCCUCGCCGCCGCUGAAGUGGAAGUGGAAGAGGCAUCCCUUCCGCGCGGCUCUGGAGUCGAACUCGUCCGUGGUUGGCGGCGCGGCAGAUGAUGUGGCUACUUCGGUGCUCAACAAAUACUCGGUGAAAAUUCCCUUCGGCAGUCGCCAGAUAUUGGUGGAAACAGGUCAUAUUGGCAGGCAGGCUAGCGCUUCUGUGACAGUCACUGAUGGGGAGACGAUUGUUCACUGCUCGGUGUGCUUAUCUGAUGUACCCAGUGAGCCUUCUGAUUUUUUCCCACUCACUGUAAAUUAUCAAGAGCGUCUCUCAGCUGCUGGUCGAACUAGUGGUGGUUACUUCAAACGAGAAGGAAGAGCAAAAGAUCAUGAGGUUCUUAUUUGCAGGUUGAUAGAUAGACCAUUGCGUCCAACCAUGCCAAAGGGUUUCUAUCACGAAACACAAAUAUUAUCAUGGGUAUUUAGUUAUGAUGGCAUUCAUUCUCCUGAUUGUUUAUCUGUCACUGCAGCAGGCAUAGCUGUAGCUCUUUCGGAGGUGCCUAAUACUAAACUAAUUGCUGGAGUCAGAAUUGGCUUAGUGGGAGAUAAAUUUAUUGUCAAUCCCACUACCAAAGAGAUGGAAGAUUCAGAAUUAGAUUUGAUAAUUGCGGGGACUGAUAGUGCUAUAUUGAUGAUAGAGGGCUACUGUAACUUCCUCACUGAGGAGAAAUUGCUUGAGGCAGUAGAAGUUGGGCAGGUUGCAAUAAGAGAGAUAUGCCAUGGAGCAGAGGCCUUGGUAAAAAGGUGUGGAAAGCAGAAAAUGAUCGAAGCUAUCAAGUUACCUCCAAAUGAUCUUUAUAGGCAUGUUGAAGACAUUGCUGGGGAUGAUUUGAUAAAAGCACUGCAAAUAAAACACAAAAUACCAAGAAGAAGGGCUCUUUCUGCUAUAGAAGAAAAUGUAUUAAAGGUACUUACAGAGGAAGGCUACAUUUUCAAAGAGGAUGCCUUAGGAGCAUCUGAAGACUCUGAUAAUAUUUACGUGGACGAAGAGGAAGAUGAUCUUAUAGUUGCUGAUGGUGAAGUUGAUGAAGGUGAUGUCCAUAUAAAGCCUGUCUUGCGUAGACCUAUGCCCUUGUUAUUCUCUGAAGUUGAUGUGAAGCUGGUCUUUAAAGAAGUUUCAUCCAAUUUUCUCAGGAAGCGGAUUGUGGAGGAUGGAAGACGUAGUGAUGGUCGAACACCAACAGAAAUCCGCCCAAUAAACUCACAAUGUGGAUUACUUCCUAGGGCACAUGGAAGUGCAUUGUUCACUCGUGGAGAAACACAGUCACUUGCAGUGGUCACUCUUGGAGACAAGCAAAUGGCACAAAGAAUAGAUAAUCUGGUAGAUACAGAAGAACUAAAGAGAUUUUAUCUUCAGUACUCAUUUCCACCAUCAUGUGUUGGUGAAGUUGGGCGCUUAGGAGCUCCCAGUAGGAGGGAGGUUGGUCAUGGAAUGCUUGCUGAAAGGGCAAUCGAACCUGUUUUGCCUUCUGAAGAGGAUUUUCCUUACACUAUUCGAGUUGAGAGUACCAUAACUGAAAGUAAUGGGUCAUCAAGUAUGGCAUCGGUCUGCGGUGGUUGCUUAGCACUUUUAGAUGCAGGAGUUCCUAUUAAGUCUUCUGUUGCUGGUAUUGCAAUGGGUAUGGUCAUGGAUACCAAAGAAUUUGGAGGAGAUGGGACCCCACUUAUUCUCUCUGAUAUUACUGGAUCUGAGGAUGCUUCUGGAGAUAUGGAUUUUAAGGUUGCUGGUGAUGAGAAUGGUAUUACUGCAUUUCAGAUGGACAUCAAGGUUGAAGGGAUCACUUUGGCAGUAAUGCAGAAAGCACUUAUUCAAGCAAGAAAUGGGCGUAAACAUGUUCUAGAUGAAAUGAUGAAGAGCUCCCCCCAACCAUCAAGGAAGCUUUCGAAAUAUGCUCCAAUUAUUCAUAUUAUGAAGGUUAAACCUGACAAACUCAAUAUAAUCAUUGGCACUGGUGGAAAAAAGGUUAAAAGCAUCAUUGAGGAUACUGGUGUAGAUUCUAUUGAUACAGAAGAAAAUGGCCUAAUUAAAAUUACUGCAAAGGACUUGUCCAGCUUAGAGAAAUCAAAAGCUAUCAUAGCCAAUUUGACAAUGGUUCCAACUGUUGGUGAUAUUUACAGGAAUUGUGAAAUCAAAUCGAUAGCACCUUAUGGAGCCUUUGUAGAAAUUGCACCAGGAAGAGAGGGCCUGUGUCAUAUCAGUGAACUUAGUUCUACUUGGUUGGCCAAUGCUGAAGAUGUCGUAAAAGUGGGAGACCGCAUCGAUGUGAAACUUAUUGAGAUUAACCAAAAGGGUCAUCUUCGAUUAAGCCGUCGAGCCCUUCUUCCUGAUGAAGAUCUGGACACCAGUGGUAAACAAACAAAUAAUUCCAUGAAAGAGAACAUUCCUCCUGUAGAUAGUCCUACUACAAUUACAGUGAAGAAGCCUUUGAGAAAAGAUAAAGCUGGAAGGACUGCAGAAAAAUUUGAGAAUCCUAAGAAAAUGAUCAAAGUUCCGCUUAAGGUAGUUACCUCAGCUCAAGAAAGUAUGAAUGACAGAUCCCAGGAAAAGCUGAGUAAAUCAGUUAGCCCUGUUAAAGAUGGUAUGUCGACAAAGACUAGCUGAUGAUCACACAUAAAACAAAUGCUGCUGUGGUUCCAUUGGAAGACAUGGACAGAGAUAACCAAGUACGUCUGACUAGUUUGAAGUACCAAACCCUGAAAUUUAUUCAUAUUCCUUUCUAGCUUAACUCAGAAGUCCCAAGAAAUGGAAUAUAGUCCAGCAAAAGAUUUGAAGGAUUUAUGGCAUUUCAGUUCAGAGAUUUUCCAAAUACCAGUUCAUUGAUGCUUGAAUGCAUUAACAUAUCCCCUCUUUUGCAUUAGUUGAAAGUCAAUAUUGCCCACUGCAUCUUUAUUUUGAUCCGACCAGGGAGAGAUAACCAAGUACAAAGAAGAGCAACUAAAGCACUGAAGCAAUGGUUUUGGGUGAGAGGGAGAGGAGAAUGUGAAACUAAAUUCAUGCCCUUCAUAAAUGUUUCAUUAACUUAUUUCAGACGUUUCUAUAACAACUGAAAUGAUGAAUGCCUAGAAGGUAGUUUGUUUUAGUUGUUCGUGCAAGGAAUACCAAAAUAAACUCAUAUCCUUGUCAAAUGCUUCAUUAACUUAUUUUUCAACAACACUAUGAGUUGAUGCAAUGUAGUUCGUUUUAGUUGUUACAUACAGUGGUUCUUUAAAAAUGAUAAUAGUUGGAGAUUCAUUGUUUUGACUAAA